GUCCCUGGGUAGGUAAGGAGGUGGGUAGGAGCUUGCUUAUAGAAAAGUGGAAUCGAGCCGUCUGUGUUAGCCGAGCCGCCGCCGCGAGGAACUCGGGGCGGGCUCCGGCCUGUUCAAGAGUGCUGGAGGAUAAACCUGAAAUACAAGUUUAAGGUUCCCCAUUGGGCGAAAGAUAAGAUUCAGAUCUCCCCCGGCCCGGUGUGCAGCAGGAGCGACCAACCCCGACCCGGGUGAAAGCAGGGACCCUUCGCUGCCGCCACCUCCUGUUCUCUCCCCACGUUCCCACUCGGGGUCUCCCUCAGGGCUGGGAGUCACGGUAGUCCCCGCCUGUCGAAGGGCCGGAUGUACGCACCCGCAGGUUCCCGCUGAGCCCCGGCGCCUGCGGAGGUCUUGCGUUCGCCUCCUGCAGCCUCAACCCGGGAGGGCGGCGCGGGGCGAGCUGCCGCCAUGAUCACCGGUGUCUUCAGCGUGCGCGUGUGGACCCCGGUGGGCGUCCUGGCCUCGCUGGCCUACUGCCUGCACCAGCGGCGGGUGGCCCUGGCCGAGCUGCAGGGGGCCGACGGCCAGCGUCCCGUCGACCGCAGCCUGCUGAAGCUGAAAAUGGUGCAGGUCGUGUUUCGACACGGGGCGCGGAGUCCUCUCAAGCCGCUCCCGCUGGAGGAGCAGGUAGAGUGGAACCCCCAGCUAUUAGAGGUCCCACCCCAAACCCAGUUUGAUUACACAGUCACCAGUCUAAUUGGCGGUCCGAAACCACCUUCUCCUUACGACUCUCAAUACCAUGAGACCAUCCUGAAGGGGGGCAUGUUUGCGGGGCAGCUGACCAAGGUGGGCAUGCAGCAGAUGUUUACCUUGGGAGAGAGACUGAGGAAGAACUAUGUAGAAGACAUCCCCUUUCUUUCACCGACCUUCAACCCACAGGAGGUCUUUAUUCGUUCCACUAACAUAUUCCGGAAUCUGGAGUCCACCCGUUGUUUGCUAGCUGGGCUUUUCCAAUGUCAGAAAGAAGGACCCAUCAUCAUCCACACUGAUGAAGCACACUCGGAAGUCUUGUAUCCCAACUACCAAAACUGCUGGAGUCUGAGGCAGAGAGCCAGAGGCCGGAGGCAGGCUGCCUCUUUACAGCCAGGAAUCUCAGAGGAUUUGAAAAAGGUGAAGGAAGGGAUGGGCGUUGACAGUAGUGAUGAAGUAGACUUCCUCAUCCUCUUGGACAAUGUGGCUGCUGAACAGGCACACAGCCUCCCAAGCUGCCCUAUGCUGAAGACAUUUGCACGGAUAAUUGAACAGAGAGCUGUGGACACAUCCUUGUACGUACUGCAGACGGAAGACAGGGAAAGUCUUCAGAUGGCAGUAGGCCCAUUCCUCCACAUCCUGGAGAGCAACCUGCUAAGAGCCGUGGACCCUACCACUGCGCCUGACAAGAUCAGGUGUCCCCAAGAAGGAGCAGACCUUGCCCUACUAAACUCAUCCAUGGCUGAAAGUAGGAAGAGCACUCCUGUAGGCUGGCAGGACCCACAGAGAGGAGAGAGAAAGCUGUACCUCUACGCGGCUCAUGAUGUGACCCUCAUACCGCUCUUAGUGACCCUGGGGAUUUUUGACCACAAAUGGCCACCGUUUGCUGUUGACUUGACUAUGGAACUGUACCAGCACCUGGAGUCUAAGGAGUGGUUUGUGCAGCUCUAUUACCAUGGAAAGUAUUUCUCCUCUCUGGAGGAUGCAGCAAUAGGCACCAUCUUGGAAGCAGAGAGACCAGGCCCUAACCUGCUGGUGCUUUGAUCUUGGGCUUCUCAGUCCAGAACUGUGAGAGAAGGAAUUCUGUUCGUUAUAAAUUACCCCAUCUGUGGUAUUCUGUUAUCGCAACACAAAAUGGACUAAGACAACAGUAUACUGUUAUGAACUGUGGUCACCGUGCUGUGCACUAGAUCACAGAAGCUUGCUUCUCCUGUCUAACUGAAACUGUGUACCUUUUGACGAACAUCUCCCUUUUUCCCAUCAUCCCCUCCCCUCCUUACUAUCCGUGAAGAUGGAGUAUGCCAAGUAGCCCUGAGCCACGUCCGCACCUCACGGUGAGCGCAGUUGCUCUGCCUGGAAUGCUCUCCCGGGCACUUGCGUGGCUAGCUCCCGCCCUUCAUCCAGAUCUCAGCUCAUCGUCACCUUAGAGACGCCCUCCUUUCACCUCCUGCCUUAGGCACACUCUGUCACCUUCUCUUAGGGGCUGAAUUGUGUCCCCACAACAUUCGUCCUAACCCCUAGUACAGUAAGCCCUCACUCAGCGCUGUCAGUAGGCUCUUGGAAACGUCAACGUUCAGUGGAAGGACAGAUCCAGGUCUUUUAAUAACACUGUGUUUUGUUCAACGUUGUUGCCCUGUAACACUGUUGAGAAAAAAAUUGGUUUUCUAAUAUGUUGUUUUACUUAAAGUUACAGUUUCCAGGAACCUACCAAUGAUGUUAAGGACUGAAUGCACCUCAGAUGUGACUGUAUUUGGAGAUAGGGCCUUUUAAGAGGUAGUGAAGGUCAAGAGGUAAGGUGAUAUGGGUGGUCCCUAAUCCAAUAUGACUGGAAUCCUUAUAAGAAGAGGAAAUGAGGACACAGACACAAGAGGGAAGAUGACCGUCUACAUGCCAAGGAGACAGGCCUCAGCAGAAACCCGCCCUGCUGACACGUGACCUGGGACUUGCAGCCUGUAGCACUGUGAGGAAAUACAUUUCCAUUGUUGAAGCCACGAGUCUGUGAUACUUUGUUACAGCAGGCCCGAGCGAAUGAAUACACUCGUUCUGUUUUUUUCCAACCCCCACCCCUGCGAUAUUUAUCAGUGCUGGAUAUUACAUAUUUGUAUAUCUACAUGCUUAUUUCCGUGACUAAAAUGGAAGCUCCAUGAAGGCAGGUUUCUUCUUGUUCACUGAUGUGUCCUCAGCACCAGGAAGAGUGCCUAGUGCAUGCUAGCGCUCAGGCAUUUGGACAUGUGAAUGACACAUCCCCUCUGUCACUUCUCUCCGGGGCCCAUGGCCACCCUCCUAGGUACCACGGUGGCUUCCUAAGGGGCCACAUUCGCACGUGCUUUCCAUCACCCCCUGAGACCUGGCCCCUGCCUACCUCUCCAGCUUCACCCUUCACAUGCCUCCCUCGCCAGACCCAUAGUAUGUUUUUUAAAAAGUCCCACUUCUCUGCCCUCUUUACCUUGGCGCACAUUUUCCCAUCGCCUGACCCUGACACACAUUCCCUUUUCCCGUUUAAUCCCUGAUUAUCUCUAGGCCUUCCGUGUGUCUGUUUGUCCUUUUUGUCCUUCAGUAGAAGGUUGUUUGUCUUGUCUUUUACUGUAUUUCUAGAACCAAGUAUAGAGACUACCAAGUGAACCUCAGCAAAGAUUUACUGAAUGAAUAAAUGAGUUCAAAACUGUAA